AUGUUCUCCCGCCGUUUUGAGCCGCCCCAGACGAAGAGUGUUUCGUCUAAGUCUGGGAGGUCCCGCAGGGCAAGCUCGUCGUUCAAGGAGGCCGGCAUUUCCAAGCGGCCCUCCGAAUCCGUCCGCCGGCGUGCCGGUACGAUCUCGAACGCCGGGGCCUCUGAGUCCAACAUUGGCGGUGCUGUUUCAGCCAUUGUCACUCUCAUCGUCGGCCAAGAGCAGAGAAUCUUCGCCGCUCAUGAGAACAUUCUUGGAGCCUCGCCUUUCUUUCAGAGCGUCCUGAAAAACCAAUUGAUGGACUCGCAAACCAAGAAGAUCUCACUCCCCGACGAAGAACCCGAGGUUUUCUCCUCUAUUCUCGAGUUUCUCUACAAGGGUGACUACUACCCCCGCCUGGUACACAACAAGAAGAGGAACUCGUGGGAAUUGGAGCAAGCUGGUGAGGAUGGCCGCUCCGAGGCUACCAUCUACCACCACAGCGUCGAAGGCGAGCUGCUCAAGGAUACCGCCAUCUACUGUGCGGCCGAGAAAUAUGGUCUGGAGGAACUGAAGCGGAUUUCGUUGCGCAAGCAAGGUCUUCAGUCUGGAAUUCAAGCCAGCACCAUCCUGGCCUCCGCUCGCUACGCCUACGCCAACACGCCUGACACCGAUUCCAAGCUCCGGGCUCACUACCUCGCUCUCAUCAUCCGAUCCCGCAGCACCUUCAAGCGCAGCGGUACUAUGCAACUCGAGAUGUUCAACGGCAAUACCCAGCUCUUCUUCGACCUGUUUGUCGCCUUGUGCAAUCACGUCGACGACAUUUCGAGCGCUGCAAGCACCCCUCGCACUCCUCGCAGCGGCCGGCCAUUCUAG